AUGACUCAAAAAAAUUCGGAAGAUAAUUAUCUUACAUCAAUAAUGGAAAAUCCUAUCUUCAGCUCUGAGCUCAAGAAGAAAGAAGGACCAUUAGAGAUGUGGAAAACGUGUCGCUGCGAGCUAUAUAAAAAGUCAAUUGUAAUAAAACAAGGUUUCAGUAAUCCUUUAAUUCAAAAUAUCGAUUUAUCAUCAAAAUUAGAGGUCAAUGAGAUUCCAUCAAAUGUUAGAUAUCAGUUUUCUAUCAAGAGUCACAACUCAACAAUCUAUUUCCUAACAGAAAAUAAUAACAUAUUUCAUCAAUGGGUUGAUGCAAUCAGAUCUAUACUUUUAAGCAACAGAUACUUAACAAUUGAUGAAUUUACUAUCAUAUGUACUCUAGGACGAGGUUACUUCGGUAAAGUUUUACUCUGUGAACACAAUAUUACACAUGAUGUAUACGCGAUAAAGACUGUUAAGAAGGCUAGAAUUAUGAAUGAGCACAAAUUACACACAAUCUUCGCUGAAAGGAAUAUCCUAAGUGUUUCCCAUCAUCCUUUUAUUGUAACAAUGUAUUUCGCAUUUCAGACGGAUAAGAAGUUUUACAUCGGUUUGGAGUAUGUUCCUGGUGGUGCAUUAUUCAGGUUCCUUCAAAUCGGAAGAGCAAUGAAGAUAAGUGAAGUAAGAUUUUAUGUUGCUGAAGUUGCAUUAGCAUUAGACUAUUUACACUCCAAAGGAAUUCUUUACAGAGAUUUGAAGCUUGAAAAUGUCCUUUUGUGCCAAGAUGGUCAUGUAAAACUCACAGAUUUUGGACUUUCAAAAUUUGUUGUUGAAAAAGGAAAUUAUCAGCAAACAUCAACAUUCUGUGGUACCAAUGAGUACUUGUCACCUGAAAUGAUCUCCGAUAAACCAUACGGAUUUGAAAUCGACUGGUGGACACUCGGAGUUUUCACUUAUGAGUUCCUUUUCACUGAAACACCAUUCUAUGAUAAGAACCUCAAGAAGUUGUAUAACAACAUCUUGACAAAAGAACCAAGAUUCCCUAAAGAUACUCCAUCUGUUGUCAAAAACUUCAUAAGAAGGCUUUUGAACAAAGAGCCAAGCAAAAGACCAACUUUCGAAGAACUUAAGAACGAUCCUUUCUUUGAUAACAUUAAUUGGGACGAUGUUUACAACAAACGCCUCAAACCACCUUACAUUCCAAAGCAAGUCACUGGAAGACGUGCAACAAACUUCGGAGAAAAGAACAGAAAGGAUAGAACUGACUCAGAUGCUACUUCUGUUGAAAAUACUUCUGAAUUUGAUGGAUUUUCAUAUGCAGGUGAUUACUAA